UCAGAGACUGCAACAGUCAGCACACAUUCCUGUCUGAUCAGGCUCCCUCCCUCAAGUCCUCUGCGAUGGCUCUGGCGAUGCUUCGGGACUGGUGCAGGUGGAUGGGUGUGAACACAGAGCGCUCCCUGCUCAUCCUGGAUAUCCCUGAUGACUGUGAGGAACAUGAGUUCCAGGAGGCCGUGCAGGCUGCCCUGUCGCCCCUGGGCAGGAGGGAGCAGCCAGGCUGCGAGGAAGAGUCCUUUGAGAGCUGGGUGGAGCAUGCCAAGGAUAUGCUGCAGCUGUGGUACCAUGCGCCGGAAAGGGAGAGGAAGAGGUGGCUGCUGGAGAGCUUGGGUGGCCUGGUCCCGGACGUCGUGAGUGGCCUCCUGGAGGAAGAUCCCAACUUGGUGGUGCUGGACUGCCUGGCGGUGGCGCUGGAGCAGGUAUUUAGGAACCGGGUCACUCGAAUGACUUCCGGGCUGAAGUUCCUGACCUGCCCGCAGGGGCCCUUUGCCUUCCUGGUACACCUGGAAGGCCUGCUGCAGAUGGCCCUGGAGAAGGCGGCUGUCCGCCCGGCCCUGGCCAAUCACCUGCGACUGCGGUAGGUGCUGCCUCAGGCCUGCCCUAGGGAGGCCCUCCAGAAUACCCUGAGGGGGAUGCAGCUGGAGAGGAGGCCACCCAGCUUCCUGGGGCUGCUCCAGCUCAUCCAGGAGAUGGAGGUGUGAGUGGCCUCCCCAGUGAGGAGCCAGCAGGGUGUGGCCUGGCCAGUGGCCGCAGCAGAGAGUGAAGACCCAGUUGCCGCCCAGGCAGCUCCUGCCCAUGGAGAUGCUGCCCAGGCCUCCUCAGCCCAGGGGGAUGCCAGCCAGGCUGAUCCUGGGGUAGAAGAUGCUGCUGAGACUGCUCCUGCCACCAAAGAGGCUGUCAGGGGCACCCCUGCCACUGGGGAAGGUGAAAAUGCCCCUGCAGAGCUCAAAGGAGCCAGAGGGCCUUCUCCUCCCCAGAGGCCCUCAGCACAGACCCAGGAGAUGGUGGGAAGGAGGCACCAGGGCACGGCGGAUGCUCACCCUGUGACCACGAUGGUGACCAUGACUGGUCUGGGUAGCGGGCGCAGGACGUGUCGCCUGUCCAAAUUCGCAACCGCCACCAGUGUACGCGACGUGUGUGCACCUGUGCACCUUGGCGAGCGCGCAGCCGUCAUGAGUGCGCCUGGGCACGCCGCCAUUUCCUGCAGCCGCGACAGCACGGUCGGCGAGUUCGGCCUCGGCAGAGAUUCUCCUGAGGCCACGCCCGCGCCGGCCACCAGAUGGCGCCCGAGGAUCACGAAUGGACCCAAGGAGCGGGCGGCCCCUUCCCAUGCGCAAGGUCUGCUGCCGCGGUCAGAGUGGCCUUGGGGUGACCGCACGUGGACCGUUGCCGGCAGAAGGGAGCGCGGUCCCGCGGGGGCUGAACGGGGCCCUUGCGGUCUGAGCUUGUUUCGCAAGGAGCCCUGGCGGCCAUGGCCUCUGGGACACCAGACACGGGUAGUCAGGGCUGUCACCGGGAAGGGGGCGUGGACGUGCAGACAGGGAAGGCAGCCGGACCCUCCAACCAUGCUGGGCCCUCGGGCUGACUGUGGCUGGUCUGUGGGGCUCAUCUACCGCUUCCAGUUUGUGAUGUGCUCCUUCUGUCACCAGUUAGCAAACCUGCUGGCUGUGUCGCUCUGGCAGUGA